AAAUGCUCCUGGAAGCGAGGGGCGGGCGCCCAUGCCCAGCUGAAAGAUGGCCGCCACCGCUCAGCAGCCGCCGCCCGGGAGGUUACGCUAAGGCCCGCAGUUUCCCUGCGUUCCCGCGGGCCGCCGCAGCCUCCUUACCAUGAAGCCCGUGAGUCGCCGCACCCUGGACUGGAUUUAUUCAGUGUUGCUUCUGGCGAUCGUAUUGCUCUCCUGGGGAUACGUCAUCUAUGCAUCGACAGUAGUCGCACGACGACAGUUAAGCAAGGAAUACCCAGACAAAAUCUUGGGGAUGAAUGAGAAUUUGUAACUCCUCUGGAUUUAAUUCUAUACAUGUAGUCUUUACAUCAUGCUUAUCUGACACGUGUCUAGAUUUAAAGUAAAAUCCAUUAUGCAGUUUCCAAACUUA